AUGGAGUGGCAUCAGAAGUACCUGGAGACUCUCUCGGAGGGAAUCAAGUACCUGUGGACCAGCGGUCACUUCAGCGAUGCCAGUAUUGUGGUGCAGAACAAGCGCUUCCGGUGUCACAGAGCGGUCCUGUCCGCCAUGUCACCUCAUUUCGACGCAACCUUCUCAUCGGGCAUGCGCGAUAACCCCGACGGGACCUUGACCUUGCUGAACAUUGACGUCACGACUUUCGACAGCGUCUUGAUCUUCAUGUACACAGGACGUGAUGUGGUAUGCCAGGAAAAUGCCGAGAGUUUGCUUCGGGCUGCGACGACGCUCCAAGUUAAAGGAUUGAUUGACCGGUGCGAGCAGUUCCUGUGUGAGAACCUUACCAAGGAGAACUCGAUACGCAUGUGGAGGUUAGGGCGCACUCAUAACUGCCAGGACCUUGAGGAAACAGCAUGGCCGUUGAUCCUUGACAAUUUCCUUGACUUGACAAAGACAGAGGAUUUCAACGAUCUGUCAGUCGACGAACUGGCAGCAAUAAUCAAAGAUGACGAAUUGGUGGUGUCAAAUGAGGAGAUGGUAUGCGAAGCUGUCUUCAAGUGGAUCGCAGUGGACUCUGACAACAGGAACAUGCAUUUAGCUUCUAUCAUAGAACAUCUCCGUCUUCCACUGGUGAGUCCCGAGUACCUCCUCAACAUCAGUACCUCACAGGGCCUACUUCGUGAUGAUAUGGUGUGCCGUGUGAUGUUGGAAGAGGCCAAGAGGUACCACAUGCUACCCGCACGUCGUCAGGAGUUUACGUCCAAGAGGGUUGUUUUCAGGAACAGCUUUGAUCCAGAAGAAGUCCUCGUGGUCCUGACAGGAGGCUCCACACAGACCAAGCCUACUGACGUCCUUUGCUACAGCUUCAAACAGUUCAAGUGGUUCUUCCUGGCCCCACUGCCGUACGACCCAGGUGUAGAAUUUGCUGCAUGCACUUACGCCAGUAAUAUUUACAUUUCCGGAGGAAGCCGGAAAUGGCCGAAGUUGUUCAAGUAUAACAGCGAGAGUAACGACUGGCGUGAGUGUGAGCAGAUGGCUCAAGGUCGGUCCAGGCAUGGGAUGGUGGCGGUUCGGGAUUCCCUGUAUGUUAUCGGUGGAUACAAUCGGAACCUCCCUGCUGGAAACAAGGUCAUCUCUUCCAUUGAGAAGUACAGCAUCAACACGGGUAAAUGGUCCAUAGCGGGCGAACUGCCAGUUCCGGUUGAGAUGGUAUCGGCUUCUGUGAUAGGAGAAAAGAUCUUUUGCUUCGGGGGCGCCCAGAGAAACAAUCGGAACACACCAGCGAUACAGUGCUUCGACACAAGGAUAGGCCAAUCCUCCCAUUUCGCCGAUCUUCCAUUCGCUUGUCGUCUGACUCGUACCGUUGUCUGUGACGACAGUCUGUUCAUCAUCACCACCGACGGCGACGUAAUAGAGUUCUCAGAAGACAGCGGUUGUCGUACGAUUGGUAAGAUCGAGAACUUCGGGCGAGUGCACUUCGGAGGAAUUCAGUAUCGAGGAAAUGUCAUUCUUCUGGGGGUUAAAAGAAGAAGCGACAAGGCUUGUGAUACCAUGCUGAGCUUUGACCCACUUAAAGCUGGCGCGGAAACUCUCCCAGACAAACUGCCCUUUCCGAACGUCAUCGACGCAUGCGUGAAGACAAUCAUCAAUGGGCACUAUCUGAGACAAGAGUAUAUUCCACGCACCAAGUCUCAGCUGAACAGUGUCAGCUAA